AUGACCUCCUACCUCCGCUACAUCUUUGGUGGUGGAAGUCCAUCUCCUAGUCAUGACAAGUCCCAUUCACGCUCUCGCUCUAACCCUGCAAAUUUUAUCUAUGGGCCACCAGCUGGUUCAGGCCCGGCAUCAUCUUCACGCCUGAAAACAAAACGAAGCAAUAGUUUCUGUGCUCCAUCUCCAUCUCCACUCCGCUAUACGUCGUAUGAUGGAGACAUGAGGUACGGCACUCCGUCAAAAGCUGAGAAAGUGCCGCUCUAUAGACGGUCCAGCUACAGAGAAUCAGAACAUGUUGGGCAUUAUCCUUUAUAUACUCCUCAUGCGCCUCCCGUAUCUUUUGGUACAUCUUCCCGCACUAGCUCGAGUUCUUCUUCUCUUCUUCCGAGCAUGGUCCAUCCAGGCACCCCGUCCCACGUGAGACGGCCUUCUCUCCAGCAACGUCAUACUUGGCAGAGCAGUAUCUCAUCUGCGACUGGGUCGGUCCACUCAUAUGGGAUGGAUCCUCAUGGUAGACACGCAUCUCCACUUCAUAUGCAUCCACUCUUCGCCUCCACUCGACUUCACUCUGCACCGAUAAAUUACGACGUCACCUUCGCUCCUUCGCCCCGAACAGUACUGGACCGUGCAACACAUUCAGCUGUAGACGUGCAUACCUUAAGUCAACCAGCGACAGACCCGCCAACUCCCGCAUCAUCCCGCAUCUUGCUCCGCUCAGAUAAGUUCCCCUCUUCUAAAAGCGGGCGCUCCCAAAAUAUCACUAAUCUCGACCUUCUUCACGCUCUGUACGAGACGCUUCUCACGAGAGUCACACCUCAGGAGUGGGAGGGCCUGGGUAAUGGAAGCAGGGCGCAACGGAAGGUCACGCAGGCGUACGAGAAGAGGUGCACCAAGUUGGGAGGCGGUUGGGAGGGUGGAGUCCGACGAGUGGAUUGGCUGCAUGGGAAGACUCGUUUGAUCGGAAUUGAGGUGGAGAAGCAUGGUCACGGCGUCGGGUCCGGAAGACUCGUAUUUGGCAAGACUUGA